CCAACACUUACAUUACAUAUUACAUAUAGAAGUAUUAAUUGUUAUUGAGAAGGCAAAAUGGGUCAGGGAAGAGGCAAUGCAAGAGCAAGUUUAGUAGGUGGAUUAGCUAUUAUUUGCAUCUUCUUGGCUUUAACUCAGCCUGCUAUUGCUGCUAUUUAUAAUGUUGGUGGUUCUAAUGGCUGGACUUUUAAUGUUCAGAAUUGGCCUACUGCCAAGUCCUUUAGGGCUGGUGAUGUUUUAGCAUUCAACUAUCCAAGGAGUCAACACAAUGUGGUGGCAGUGAGCAGAAGAGGAUACAACAGCUGCAGUGCACCAAGAGGUUCAAAAGCAUACCAAACUGGGAAGGACAGGAUCAGAUUGCGCAGGGGCCAAAACUAUUUUAUCUGUUCUUUACCAGGCCAUUGCAAAUCUGGAAUGAAAAUUGCUAUUAAUGCAGCUUAAUUACUCUACUAAUUACACUACUUUUUGUUAAUUACCAGUUUUAGCUGCUAAUUAACACAAUUAAGCUGAUGAUCUAGUUUUAUUAGCUAUAAAGGAUAGGAUAUGUGUUUGUGUGUGUCUACUUAUCUUGUUUAAUUAUACCACAUGAUGAUGAAGGGAAAUAAAGGCAUUAGAGAACCUUUUUUAAGUUUGUUGUGUCUACUUAGCUGUUUGAAUCGGAUUGUUAUAUUUCUAUUUAGAAACUUUCGUAUAAAAGAGUAUUAUUUGACUUAACGGAGAAAUAUAUGUUAAGAAAAAGUUAUGCUUGUUAUAAAUUUUGCCAUAUUGAAUUUGUAUGAGCCAAU